CUUCAUCAUGGUUGUUCAUCGCCUUCGGCAGGUCGUCGCUCAAAUAAUUGAGGCUAGAAGUAUCAAGAUUGUCGGCCUUCUCGGUCACUGUCAACCAGUAGCUUCCGGUUGCCCUUGCCCCCUGGUCUCGUCCAAAUUCCUGCUUUUCCGUCGCGAUUCGAAGUAAUCGACUCGUCUCGAUCGAUAGUAAUUGAGGCUAAAGUUGUUUGUAGGAAAUGGAAAGGUGCAACGAGACAACAAUCGAAAGUUGUUCAGAAAAUCACAAUCAGCUACAGCCUGAAGUUAUAGCGAACCGCUCUUCAAUUGGUACCACUAGUAUUGACAGAAAAUCAAAAUUAUGUCGGUGAUGCAUGAUUCAAGCGUGCCUCAUGGGAGAGGCGUUCCUGAGGUUAAUAUCAGGCAUCCAAUCGUGCCUCGGGGUCGUGGGCAACCGAAUUUUGCUGCUGGCAGGACGCCACAUCAAGCGACUACAGGACAGCCGCAGCUGGUGCAGCGCAAUGGUAAGGUGUUUUACGCGACGACCGCGGGACAGCCGCAGCUGGUGCAGCGCAAUGCUCCCAAUCAUGCAGCGAGGGAACAAGAAAGACCACGCGCUUCGGAGGGUCCAAACCUGUCACGGAGCGAGCAGCACCCGUCAUCUACGAAUAAUUAUAGAAGGGCGGGUCCAAACCUGUCACGGAGCGAGCAGCACCAACGCAUUCGGUACCACGUCGGAAGUAGCCCGUCUUCGGCUCUCAGAACUGGAGACGGCGAGUGGGGCACGCCUGCGCAAAUGAACUUCGCUCCGCAUCCUCGGACCCCUUCUAGCAAUCUUCAGCAGAGUCGUGCCGAUUACCGUCACCCACCAUCCGCAGGAGCUAUUUACUAUGGUAGAGGUGGCAUUGCCGAUAUUAAUCAAAAUCAGCAUAUUCCUGCAUCAAGAAACGGAAACAACUCGACGACCAACUUUGGGCUACACCAUCAACAGCACUACAGAUCAGCAGCACCCAGAGUGCCUAUGGGGUCCCCUAUGAGUUCCUUUCAACACGGAGCUGCAUCCCCAAUGGUGCAUGCCGCGAUGCAGCAACAUGAACAUUAUAGAAAUGGUCGUGCGUUUAUUCCUGGUGCGCCUCCGUCCUCACCGUUUCAUCACUCUGCGGUUCCAGCGUCGCCAAUGAAUCCGAUGUUUUCGGCUCAAUCAGCUACAUAUGCUCGUGAACAAAGAGCGAGUUCACAAUACGGAGCGCCAUUUGGCACACCGAGUAGAAUGCCGAGCUACAACUACAUGGACCCGCGCCACCAGCAGCUGAUGAUGUCUCAUAUGAACAUGAUGGCAGGCGCAAUGCCUGGAACGCCUGGUCACCAGGUGGGAGGCCCGCCUCAGAGUCCUCACUUUACUCCGAGCAGCAUGAUGUUUCCGGGACACUCACAUUUACAGCAUCAUCCGUACAACGUCACACCCAACACUAGUUGCACUGUGGGUAUGUCCCCUGGCGGCGAGGACUUCCGCUUCUACGGCGGUGGUGCCGAAGAAUCUUCGCAGUACGACCAUGGCCAACAGCCACCACGUGAAAACGCAUCGAUGAUCAUGGCCAAUCCCGGACAAGGAGAUCACGGAGGGGAUGGAUUCAAUCCGAUGGAUAGCCAGGAACAGCAAGAGGCGCCACACAAAUCUUCUCAUAACGAGCAGACGAAAAACAGACCUGAAGAUUCGUCGUCCUCGAGGCGUCGGACGAGCAACCACGACAAGAAACUGCUUUCACACGCGACGAGAGAGCAGUCUUUAGUAGAGUACGAGCAUUCGCAAUCGCAGCAGAGUCUUCAUAUGCAAGACGCCGGUCGGGAACGGACACCCUCGUCGAAACUGGGCGCAUUCUUAGAGCACCGUAAAGCGCUUCUGAGUGAUCACCCGCACUAUUCAUCCGAACCUACCAUCAACAAUGGCGUGCACCAGCGGACUCACGGUGAACUAAAUGCAGAACAGCGUGCGCGGGGAAACCUUAUGGCGCCACCGAUCGCGCGAGCUAGAGCGAAGUCCAGAGAUGAGAGCUUUCCUCCAGUAAUUAGAAAUGCGAGUCAUGCAUCGUUGCCGCAUGCGCGGACAAGCUCUAACGGGUCGCAGACGCCUGCUGGCGUAGGUGCAGGACCUUCAGCAGCUCGGCAAACCUCAGGCUUGCUUCCUCCCAGACUGGCGGCUCAGCUUCAGAAGGCUCAACAAUCGAAGCGCGCUGCCGAGCGACGGGGCCCCGUGCACGAUACUUUCCAACCCUGGAUGAGACUAGGGGAGAAGGAAACGACAGUGUGCUUGGGUGUCCGCGGAGAGGGAAGCUAUCUAACGGUGGUAGACCCAGGGCCAAAGCACAAAUACUAUAUGUGCACGUUCUGUGACGACAACAGACUCUUCUCCUCCCAGCUCGCGAUUCGAAACCAUUUGAAUACCUGCGAGAAGUUGGUUUUUCACAAGAUGAGGAACGAGGUGUGGCCAGCGAAAUUGAAGGAACGGAUGCAAAGCAACGCAGGCGGAGAAGGUAACUUAGACUUGCUUUAUGUGUAGAAUAGAACAAAAAGCAGAGGAAUGCUAAAGAAAAAGAUAACCCUGUAGUUCUUGGUGUUGUGCAAUCAACGUUGUAUUACUUAAUUUUCAUCUUUUUCCAGGAGGACUCAAGAACGGAGAUAAUGACGCAAAGGAGUUUCCUGCUUGGGCGACCGCGCAAACAGUGUCGUUAGGCGAUAAUCCGGCACUGACGAAACUCCAGAACGCUGAGAUAGACAUGGUGGAGAAGCUGACUUUGCCGAAAGAGGUCGAGCAAAAUAGAUGGCCGUCUAAGCUAGAGAGUGAACGCAUGGCUCGGCAACUUGAAAAAAUGAACGAGGCGGACGCGGCUGCUGCCGGUGCCGGCGGCAGCGCGCCUGACGCUGGCGACGCGAUUGGAAGCGGUGGAGAAGGAAAGAACAGAAAACGAACACCGGAUAACAAGACUGGUGGUGUUGAAGCAGGACAGUCGAGCGGAGAAGGGAAGAAAGCCAGUACUAAUGAUCGUAGUGUAGCUGAUGGUCUGCCAUCCGAGGUCGAUCCUCUUGCCGAUCCACUUGGGUAUAUGCAACGCUCCAUCGCGAACGCGCUGCAGGCCAAACUGCAGGGUGACCUGAACGGCAAAAAAGGACACGGGACAAUGAGUCAGAGCGAGCUGAUUGCGAUGAUUUCGAGCGAGCCAGGCGUCCUAGCAGCGCGACAGCGGCUUUCUAGGCUCGGAAUCCUGGACGAGUAUUGGGAAGCGGCUGCAGCGGCGGCAUACCGCGAUACAAUCGGAAGUAAUCGCGAAUUUGUUGAAGGUAUCGAAAAUAGUAAAAGUAUUCCUUCAUCAACUGGAAAUGACCCUGAGAAAAAUAGCGCGCAUAUGGAGCAGCAGGAGGAACGGCGGCGUAUAGCUGAAAAACGCACGCGAGAGUUGCAGGACUGGGCAAAACGGAAUCAAGGUGGCGCAGUUCGCAUGGGACGCACUUUCGAAAUCACGGAGACGGCAACCUGUCACGGCGACGAUGCGGUAUCCAAAAUCGACAGUACCAGUAGUUGUAAUGCGGUUAGCCUUAGCGCAGCGAGCAAAGAGAAAGGGAAUCAUAAAGACGAUAAUUAUAGUAAUGAUGAUAAAGGCAAUACUUUUGCGGCGAAAAAUCAGACGAAGUUGCAGCAGGAGAAGACCACUUGCGACCCGAAAUCCUCAGUAUCCUCCACUGCGAGAGGAAUGGUACAUAGUGCGUUGUCGGUACAGCUGCGUGCGAACCCGAAAUCCUCAGUAUCCUCCACUGCGGAAGGAAUAGUACAUAGUGCGUUGUCGGUACAGGUGCGUGCGAACUCGACCCGAAGAGACGCUGAGACAGAUGCACAGGAUACUAAGAUAAGUACAUCAACAGUAUCCUCCACUGCGGAAGGAAUGGUACAAGUUCCACUUGCGACUACAGAGCAGCGGUCGACGCGUAGUAAAAUAUUCAAAAAGCAAGCAGUGGAGCGCGUUGGUGGGGGUGAUAUGAAAAUCAAAGCUGCGGCGACUCCGUCAGAGACGCCAGCCUUCCCCGGUUCGUCCAGUGCACUCUCGUGUCCCCGUCUCUUGACUGACGUGGAGCAGUUAGCAAAUACGGGAUCUUCUAAUUCUAUAACAACGACGUCUUCAAAAUCAAAGCCGAAUAAGCGGAAGCGUUUGACGCCACAUCCCAGUGAUGGCAGUCACCCUGAGGAACUGGCAGAUCGCGGUCCACUGCCCAGCGGAGGUAGCUCCUUAAUACCGGAGGUUACAAAUACAAGCACUGCACCUCCUCCAAAACCGAAAGCCAAAGCCAGGGGAAAGCGGAAGAUCGCGAAGACAGCGGCACAGGGUCCGGAGCAAUCGGCAUGGGCCAAGCGUCGCGGCGUUACUGGGCAAGAUCAUCAGACAGCAGGCCACGGUGGUCCUGAUGCUGCCUCUAGUAGUACGUCGAGUUUCCUCGCUGCGCUUCUGGGUCGCGAGCGAGCUUCGAAUGAUGAUCGCAUGACGGCUUUGAUUCAUCAGUCGUCACCGUGGAAGGGCAGCAGUGAUGUUGAAGAAACAGCAGCUACAAAAGACAAGAGCAAAAACGAACGGGACAUCAAAUUAGCCGAAGUGGAGAUCAAAACGAGUGGGACUAUUGUCUCCAACGUUGAUGCAGCGGCUGGUAACGCAGAUGCAGAGAGUAAGACUGCGACCGCGACGGCUAGUACGACGACACCGUCACCAGAAAAACACACUCCUAACGCUAGCGUACUGGAGACACAGCAAGAUCAAGAUGCAAGUAGGGCGUCAUCCUCGUCUUCACAUCUCCAAAAUGGUGAAGCGAACCAAAUCACUGCUCCAGCACCGAAGAAACGGCGAGGCCGGGCUCCGAAAAGACAAGUGAACGCUAAAAAUCGCAACGGUCAUGAUGCUAGUGCUACCACGUCUGCAUCUGCUACUUCUUUGGAGAAUCAGGCUGCAAGUGCAAAGACUCAGGCUUCUGGUCUCGGUGCAACAAAAGAUAGAAAUACUGAAGAAGAGCAAGGUCCAGACCAAGGUCCAGGGACCGCCGCCGGACCUACUGUGGUUGCGAAGGAGAACGCGAAGCCGAAAGCCAAAGGACGCGCCAUGAAAGUUGCGAAGGCCAAAGCAAAGCGCGCGUCGAAGACUUCUGUAAAAUGUCAUGAGAAUUCCGGCAAUAAACCACACUCAGAGACUUGCGUGAAUAAACCAGAUCCAGAGAGCGCACUAGUAGAAGUAGUCGAAGGAGCAGGAACUACAGCUGCGCAUGGAGCGCAGCCUGCACUUCGAGAUGAAAGUGAAAAUCUUCAAAAAGGCCUGCCAGAACAAGAGACCACCACGGCCAUCAUGAACGACGGUAACAGGGACCACACCAGCACGCAUACUGAAAUAUUAGAUCUUGCGGUUGUUCUAGUGCCUCCAUCGCACGAUGAAGAACCGAAAGAAGAUUCGUAUCGCUUACCCUCCGACUUUGAGAGUGACGAAGAUUUCGGACUGCAGCCGAAAUGCAGAACUAGGACUAAGAACAUUUCCAAGAAUUAAGGCUAAAGGUAACUCAUCUCUGGACAUAAAUAGCAUCCCUGAGCGAUUAUAUGUCCUCGCCGUUAUUUCUCUGAAUACUUGAUUACCACACCAGUUUCCGAUUCCUAGAAGGUCGUAGAAAAACGGAGGAUGCACGUCACUUGAGAUGAGCUAUCGCGCACAACAACGCUAAGAAAGGAACAAGAAAAAGCAUAAGGCGCAAUCUUCUCGUCUUGACUUGACAAGUCGUGACUCAUCAACCAAGAAACAGGAACAAGGCGGGUCAAGAGUCAUACUAGUCUCUGCGAAUAAGGACAUCCUCGGAACCUCGUCUUCGUCAAGGAAAGAAGAAAUGACGGCACCACACCCACCGCCAACAUCUUGCUCCAAGCACAUUGAUGAGGACGAGGAGGACGUGAAUCCUUAUGCAGACUCCCAAGAUGAUGUAAAUCCUUAUGCCGAUACUUUUGAGGAUAUUGAUCCUGUUGUUGACGAGAGGGCUUUGACGACGACGCGGAUCCGAAGCUUCAUCAACGCGGCGUGUCACCAGGAGCAGGGGUGUCCAACCUCUAGUAUGAAUUCGACAAAUAUGACGAGGCUUUUUGCGAAUACGACUCCAGAGCCAGAGUGUGGACCGAGAUCUCCACCAAUAUUAAGGCUACAAGAAGAAAUCCAUCUUCCGCCGCAUUUACUUGGUCCUCCCGUUUUUUUUAAAGGGACGAAAAGGAGACCCAACAAGACGCUGCUGGUGAAGAUGGUUUUGUCUUAGUUCUAACAAUACCAAAAGAACAGGCUGAGGCGCAGCUUGCUUCGGUGCAGUGCGGCCAACAAGGUUUACUACAUCGAAAACAGCAAUCGAAAGGAGCAGAAGUGCCACAUAAGAUGACAUCUUGCACCUCCUCUACGUCGACAAAAGGAGUGGCAAAGAAGACAUCUUCCGCCUCCUCUACGUCGAACACGCAUACUGCUGUAGCUCGACGAAGAAUGCCCUUGUGGUCACCAACUAAGGCUAGCCCGGUUACGAAGAAGAUGCGGCCUUCGCACAGCCCCUUGCUGCCAUCGUCCUCUAGCAAAAUACUUGCGAAAAACGGAGAAAGGGGAAACAAGGUACCUACUUAGAAGUUAGUGCACCCAUUAGGAUUAGGUCCUUCAACUUUCUAAGCCUUAGGAGCCUAUAACUAUAAGUAGACGUGUUCCUAUGAAAGAACAAGAAGAUGAUCGACUAGCAUGAGAAUAGACUACCCUAGCAUUGUUUGCACCUCCGUUGCGAAUUCGAUCCAACUUUUCUUCAAUCAGGUGCCUGAAACUCCCGUGAGCUUCCGACCGGAAGCGAGGUCGCUGACUUCUCCAUCUGUGAGCGCACUGCUUUCUGUUCAUUCGCACGGUCGUAUGCGUAAAUUGGGCAGGGCUACUGAUAAAAACGGCAAAGACAAUAGGAAAGGUGGUGGAAGCGGGUGGACUAGUUGCACGAACACAACUCCAGGACCUUUGUCUUCUAAGGCCAUGUGGGCAGAGAGUGGAACUUCGCGAGAUUAUAGCGCAAGAAAGGAAAUCGACUUCGAAGAAGAAGACAUUGUAUUGAAGGCUUGA